GAGAGAGAGAGAGAGAGAGAGAGAGAGAGAGAGAGAGAGAGUCCGUGCGGAGGAGAAAAGGAGGACAGAUCGGAGGCAGAAAGCGAGAGGCGCUCCUUGCAGUGUGAGGAGCACGCUGCGCUGACACGCACGCGGACCCCACGGCACGCUCCUGAUCCUGAACGCGACGCCACCACCUGGUUCAACCCUGACCGACUGACCGCACAGCCGGUGCCUAACCCUCCAUCCAUCCAUCCAUCCGUCCCUCCAUCCAUCCCUCCUUCCGCGGUGUACCCUCCAACCCUCUCCUCUGGACCGGCUCCUGUCGCCAUGGCACCGGCCGCCUGCUCGGUCGGGUACCGACUUCCCAACAUCCUGUCCACGGUGCUGUGGAUCGGACUGCUGUGGACCAGCGUUUCGGCACGAGAUAAAGCAGUCCCCACAGCCUCCUCCUCUACCCAGUCCCCAGCACUAACACCAGGGAGCACAAAUGAAGGCGACACCAAAGGCAAAAGCUCCACUGCUGUGGCUGGAGGUUUGCUCCAGUCCAUGCUGGCUCAGAAAGGACGACUUGUCUCCCAGAAACGGGAUAUUCUCCCCUCUGCUUUGCCCCAGAAUCUACUCCCUCUCCUGGGCAGAGGACUGAGCAUCAGCUCCCUCCCUGGAAGUCAUUCCCUGGAGCAUCAAAGUGGGGGAUUACUGAGGAGGGUAAAACCCCCAGCAUCAGCUGCAGUGUCAGGUCGAGGCACCGAUCCAACUGAGCCUCUUCCUACAGAUACACACUCGCAGUUGCCUCAUGCACAGACAGAAACCCCUGAGCAGGAGGAUGAAAUCACCACUGUGGGCACGAUGCCGGAGAUGGACACAGACACAGACACAGAAACACCUUUGGCAGCUGUGCAGAACUGCAUGGUGAAUUUCACAGACCCAGAGGGAUACAUAGACUCCUCUGAUGACCCCCCUUUACCAGACGGCACCUUCUUACACUGCACCUACACAGUCACUGUGUACACUGGAUACGGAGUGGAGCUCCAGGUGAAAAGUGUGAACCUGUCGGAGGGUGAGCAGCUGUCCAUCCGAGGUGUAGAUGAAAGAGGGGCCCUGCUGGUUUUGGCCAACCAGACUCUGCUGGUUGAAGGCCAGGUGAUCCGCAGCCCCACCAACACCCUGUCUGUCUAUUACCGCUCUGGACCAGAGGGAAGUAUGGGCAUCUUCCAGCUCCACUAUCAGAUCUUCAGGCUGAGCUGUUCUCUGCCCAAAAGGCCUCACUAUGGGGAGGUGUCAGUGCUGGAUCUGCUCCCUGGAGGUACCGCCCGCUUUCACUGUCACAUGGGUUACCACCUACAGGGGGAGUCACUGCUCACCUGCCUCAACGCCUCCCUGCCAGUGUGGAGUGGCAAAGAGCCCAGCUGCAGGGCUCUUUGUGGAGGCUCAGUGAAAAAUGCCACAGUAGGGAGAGUACUGUCUCCCUCUCCACACCACGGACCCAAUGCGACCCAAGACCGCUCCUGUUCGUGGUCCCUAGAGGCCCCAAAGGACCAGAGGCUCCACCUCCACCUGGAGAGGCUCGCUUUGGGACCCACCGACAGGCUGGUGCUGUGGAGCGGUCUGGACGCUGGCUCUGUGGUGCUGUUUGACUCAGGGCGGGGAGGACAGAUACCUUUUGAGGGGGUGAUCAGUGAGGGUCCAGCUGUACGAAUCCAGUUCAUCACUGAUCAGCCCAAUCACAACACAGGAUUUAACAUCCGCUAUGAAGCUUUUGAGCGUGGCCACUGCUAUGAGCCAUACCUCCAGAAUGGAAAUUUCACAACCUCUGACCCUUUGUAUAGUGUUGGUACCGUGGUCCAGUUCAGCUGUGACCCAGGUCAUUCUCUAGAACAAGGACCCCCAGUUAUUGAGUGUAUCAGUGCAAGAGAUCCAUACUGGAAUGAUACAGAGCCACUAUGUAAAGCACAAUGUGGGGGUGACCUGACAGGUCCAGGAGGGGUGAUCCUGUCUCCAAACUGGCCAGAGUGGUACGGAGAGGGAGAGGACUGCAGCUGGAGGAUACACGUUGGGGAGGACAAACGAGUGUUGCUCGAUGUACAACUACUGAACAUCAGCGACAGUGACAUGCUGACCAUCACCGACGGCGAUGAGGUCACAACCCGUAUCCUGGGGCGAUACGUUGGAGGAAGCAGCCCCUUUAAGCUCUCCUCCACUACCCCUGACCUGACUGUCACCUUCCAUUCAGAUCCCGCGGGGCUCGUCUUCGGCAAGGGCGAGGGUUUCAUAAUUAAUUACAUGGAGGUGUCCAGAAACGACUCCUGUCCAGACCUGCCUGAGAUCCAAAAUGGAUGGAAGACAACGUCCCACAUUGCUCUGGUGCGGGGGGCUCGUAUCACCUACCAGUGUGAUCCCGGUUAUGACCUGGUGGGACGGGAGACCCUUACCUGUCAGUUAGACCUCUCCUGGAGCUCCCAGCCCCCCUUCUGUGAAAAGAUCAUGUACUGCUCCGAUCCUGGACAUGUAGAACACUCUACCAGAUCGCUGUCAGACCCGAAACUCCUUGUGGGGACGACGAUUCAGUACAGCUGCAAUCCAGGUUUUGUCCUGCAGGGCGGAGCCACUAUCACCUGCUAUGGCCGGGAGCCAGGGACCCCUGUUUGGACGUCUCGACUGCCUCACUGUGUCUCUGAGGAUUCUGUUUCCUGUGAGAACCCCGGUCUCCCUGACAACGGCUACCAGGUCCUGUCCAAGAGGCUUUACCUGCCCGGCGAGUCACUCACCUUUGUCUGUUACCAAGGUUACGAGCUCAUUGGGGAGGUUGCAAUUAAAUGCAUCCUUGGAAACCCAUCGUUUUGGAGCGGACCUCUACCACUCUGCAGGGCCAACCAUGACUGCUUUGGCAACCAUGCUUUGGAAGUUGCAGAAGCGACAGCGGGCUCCUCUCUGGAUGGAGGGAACAUAGCCUUGGCCAUCUUCAUCCUGGUGCUUUUGUUGUCUGUACUGCUGGGAGGGGCUUAUGUCUACGUCACGCGGUGCCGAUAUCACUCCAAUUUAAGGCUGCCUCUUAUCUACCCACAUCCAUACCGACAGAUCACUGUGGAGACAGAAUUUGACAACCCACUAUAUGAGACAGGAGGGCAGGACACUCGUGAAUAUGAAGUAUCAAUAUGAAAACCUCACAAAAGACAUUUCUGAUCCAAGGCCAACCACCCCGUCCUAACUCUCCAUCCCCUCCUCCCUCCUUCUCCGCCCAGGGGGAGGCAGUGUAAAUACAAAUAGAUGAUGUCCAGCCCCUUCUGCUAUGAGACGCCAUGAUUGAUCCUGUUUUCCCCUCCUUUUACGUGACGGUCUCUGGCGUGAGCAAAGAUGCAACGGGAAGAAGAGACAGGAGAGUAGAUGGGUCAGUGUGGACUGAUCAGUGUUGGAGAUGAUGAUGGGAGAUGGAGGACUAAAUAAAAGAUCAUUGAAGAACAUUUUAAGUGAUGAAAAGAAGAGGAGUGAAAUGGGGCAAACAGGAGGGGAGAAGGGGGAAGCAUUUGGGGACAGGACACAGGAUGUGGGGAUCGAUGUACUUCUUAGUAUUUUUGCCAAAAAAUGCAUAAAUAUGUGUUAAAAGGAGAAUUUCAACACAUCUGCUUUUGAUUUUCUUUAACAUCCACAGUAAUGAUUUACCCUCUCAUGUCACAAAGUGACAGUGGGAAGGAAAUAGCUGUCGGUUACUUCUUUAUUUCCUCGCCUCGUCCUAGGAUGUCAGCUGUCUCCUGUCCCCUCCCCUCCCGCCUGCACUCACCUCUUUACUCUAGUCCGCCCAGCGCUGGUUUUAGCUAGAUGUAAAUGAUUAAGUGGAUAUUAGGGCCAGUGCAGUACUGUUGUCUGAUUUCUCACAUAUUAUUUGACUAAUGUCAUAGACAUACCUGGCCACAGAGUCCCCCGGUCUGGACCGGCUGAUGGUUAAAAAAGGGAAAUGAAAUCCAAGCCUUGCUACAGAUGGAGAGGUUGCGAUUCAAAUAGCGUAGCUGUAGUUUACUGACCAACCUUCAAGUGCAAGCUCAAUCAACCCACCAGAUGAUGUAUUUAUUUUGAUGUACUGUAUAUGUGAUGUUUUAUGCAGAUUGAUAAAUGUACAUUUUCAUUAUAAGAAAACAAAUGUUAACAGUUUCCCUAAAUAAAUGGUAAAACUUGAAUAAAAACAACAAAAGAUUCUUUGUAAA